UAUAGGGGUCGAGUUGCGGUGUACAUUCGUGUUCAGUGGAUGGAGAGGAGGCGGGUCGUCGCGUGGUGGUGAUGAGCUUGGAUCCGUGAGUGUCGAGUCCCUGUUACUAUGCCCAGAGAGCUGGGACAUAAACGAGAGGACUCGAUUCCGGCCCAUUUUUUUAAUGGUAUCCUCCUCCAACGAUUCCUUUAUUGCGCGUCUGCUCUCGACCUUCCCUUUGCUGAAAUUUUUGCCCAGCCUAGGAGCAAAAUUGGUGUCAGCCGCCUAGCCGCUCCAAAAUGUGUGCUGUCUCGGUCGGGGCAUGGGUCUUUUGGGGCCGCGCAAGGGCACAGGACACCAGCGAACGGAUCAUACGUCAACAAGGCGGGCUGUGCUGGAGUGAAAAGAAAAUGAAUGGCCCUUUCUUUUGCUUGAAAUGGGUCUGAGAAGGGUGAGACAAGCAUUUGACUUGUACUUGUCAGGCCGUAUAUCCGACACCAAGGAGGAACUCACCGGCGCAAAGGAUCAGAUGAGGGCGGUAAAAAUUAUCCGAGAAAAUAUAAUUACUUGAGAAAGGACCACCAGACAAAAGAGACAAAACAGUUGCGAGAGAGGUGUUCGGAGUGUGUAGAAGAGGGCGCCUGCGCUGCUCGGUGCGUGCGGUAAAAUGCGAUGGUCCAGAUGCAGUGAGUGAGUGGGCGGGUGCGAUGUCGUGCUCUCGGCGCUCCCAAGAUGGUAUCGCAAGUACUAUGGUGACGACUGCUCUCCUCCCUCUCUCUUGCGCGGCUCCCUUAGCGGUGGGUAGGGUCUCGGUCCUCUCUCCCUCUUGCGGCGGCUGCGGAACGCGAUUCAAGACUGGGCUGGCGAGCCUCGUCGAAAGGAGGAAGUUUUGUCUCGAGGUUGUCUCGGAGACGGUAAACAAGAAGUAAAAAAACUUCGAAACCCUGGAAAGGGUGAUGUGAAGAGGGGAGGCGACAGCUUUGUAUAGUGAACGUGUCGUCCCAAGGUCGUAGACAGAUGGUUGCCGCCGUGGUGGCCCUCAGUACUUGGGCUGAUGUGAACGAGGCGAGGAGGGAUCCGCACAAGGGUUUGAGUGUACCUGGACAGGUAUUCAAUGUGGGGAGGGACAAAGAGGGCGGUGCUCGUCACGAAGAAGGUUCUGUCGUUGUGGCUGGUUGGAUGUCGUGGUUCGCUGCUGCUGCUGCUGCUGCUGCUGCUGAGGUUGUGUACUUCAUAAUUUUCUUUUCUUUUCGCACGGCAGGCUUGCAAGCGC